AUGGGUGAUCCAAAAAGAUCUCUGCCAACGCUGGCCCCAGGACCGCGCACAGAAGUUUCAUCGUCCGCCGCCAGUGCCUCACGGCCAAAGAAGAAUUCGACCGCAUGUCUUGCCUGCAAACAGGCUAAACGAAAGUGCAGUGGACGCCCAUCGCCAUGCAAAGCAUGCGAAGGAGCACAUUCGGAGUGCAUAUUCGACGAGACGCUCGAUCUAAGACGCAAGAUCGCUGUCAAACGCACCAAAGAUGAACUGGAAUAUUAUAAGGAGCUCUUAUAUUCCCUCAUCGAGUCUUUGCGUUCCUCAGAGCCGAGCCAGGUUGCGCAACUGUUGGAUUUGAUCCGUAGUAACGCACCGCUAAAUGAAAUCGCAGCCGCCAUUUCAGAGAACAUCCGCCAACUGCGCGACAAAGGACAUUCAGACCCACAAGUUCCAGCAGGCCUCGAAGAGGCCGUGGCCCAUGUUAAUCAAAUGCAGCGUCUAUCAUCCGAGUCAUAUUCCCGCCGCAAGUUCGUGACCCUACAGGAUCUCUGUGAUGUUCCCCUCUUCGAAGUACCGGCCAAGCCAUGGACGGAUGUGACCGAUGACAGCCAUUUUGUCUCCCAUUUAGCCUCUCUCUACUUCACAUGGAGUCAUCCUUCCUGUCAAUUUAUCGAUCAGGAGCUUUUCCUGGCACAUAUGAUGGCAGGAGAUCUGAAUUCCCGGUUCUGUUCUCCUUUCCUCGUCAAUAGCCUUCUGGCAGUAGCAUGUAUGUAUUCUGAUUUUGAGCAGGCACUUGCCGUCCCCGGUGAUGCCAGCUCUCGGGGCCAACAUUUCCACGCCGAGGCCGAGAGAUUGUGGAAGGAAGAAGACGGAAAAGUCAGUCUUACCAAUCUCCAGGGCGUCAUCCUCAUGGUGUCCACCCUGAAUCUUUGGGGUAAAGAUAAGCUCUGCUGGCUAAUGCUGAGACAAGCCGUGCAGAUGGCCCAGGAUCUUGAGCUAUUGCAGGCAUCUGAACUAUCCUCAGAUAUCUGGCAAGGGCCCCGAUCGAAGAGCAUGGAACAAUCAAGCGCACUCACGGCUUGUGGUCUCUUCAUCCUUAAUGCACAGAUGACCUUGGCAUCAUCAAGACAGGCGGCCAUGAAAGCCCCCACUUCCAGACCCUACACAAGGGAGCAAUUGGACGACAACCUCACGUGGACGCCAUACCCGCGCUCAACGCAGAUUGAUUAUGCGAAGAAACCUGCCCUCCUGCGUUAUAUCCUUAUUGAAUUAUCCGAUCUGUCAGAGAUCCUUGUUGACAUGCAAGAUUGGCUCUUUAACAGGGACGCUUCCAUUAUCACGGACGUCUGCUGGAAUACCGCUAUGGCGUUCUAUUCUCGACUGCAGAAAUGGCACAGCAGGCUGCCGACCAUUCUCGAUGUUGGUUAUUGUCCCGUUCCGCAAGUAUUGGUUCUGCAAAUGCAGUAUCACGAAAUAGUGAUGGCGUUAUUUGGCGAUCUCGUCGGACGCAAAGAACUCGAGGAAAUGUUGCAACCGUCUCAGAUUCAAUAUGCGAAGGAAGUUCGAAUCAAGUCAGCCAGAGAAAUUGGCAGAUGUUCACGCAUAGAGCGGCAAUCGUACGGUCUUGACCAAGCCCCUGGUUCUAUGCUUCGACCUGUCUGUGCAGGACUCGUCACCCUGCUAAGGGAUUUAGGAAAUGCAGAAUCACGGGAUGCCUUUGUCGAACUCAGUCGGUUCUUAGCGGCCUUCAGCAGACGAGCACAACUGGCUCAGAUCAUGAUUCGUAUGCUUGAGGACAGUGCCAAAGCGGCUAGAGUCAAGAUUCCUGCCGAAGCAGCCACCAUACUCAAGAGUCCCAAUAUGGAAGCAUGGCGGGGCCAGGACCUUCAAGGGUCAAGCAGUACGUGA